AUGGCGGCCCCCCAACAACCACCAGCCUCCUCUCCCCGCCGGAGUCGCGGUUACAGUUUCAAAUCAGACUCCAAGACACAUCGGUCCAGCACCUCCGGCCACCGCAGCCAGCUAUCCGAGUCGGUCUCUGAGAAGGAACGCCGCCUGCUACACACCAAGGCCGAUCCGCUGGUCGCAAUGAACGAAGCACAGCCCAUGGCCGUCGCCCUGGAGAAGUCCAAUCUGGGCUCCUUGCGCGAAAUACAGCAUAAGGAUCAAUACGGGAAUCCAAUUACUGACCCCGACUUGUCGAAUCCCACUCGGCCGCGACUCGAGCGCCCGUUGGAUACAAUCCGAUCGUUCGAGGCCGCCAUCUAUGGGACAUACAAUAGUAAUCGCAUGUCAUUUGUACGCACCGAUGACGCAUCGCAAGCAGGAGACUAUAGCCGGCGGACAAGUUAUUAUGGCGGUAAUAAUUACAACAAUGCUCCACAGAACCACAUGAACAGGGGAUACACCGACCAGAGCUAUUACAGCGGCGGCGGUCGGGGCACACAGUCGCGCCCGGACAGCAUGGUCGACGGCUACCAGAAUGCAGGAGGGCAAGCAGCAGACAACAACUACUACCCUUACCAGAACAACCAGACCGGGCGCUCUCGGCCGCGCCAGUACUCGCGCAUGUCCACCGACCAGGCCGUAUAUGCAAACAACUCACAGGCCGGCUACCCACAGCAAGGCUACCAGCGCUCCUACGACAACGUCGCCGCGAUAUCUGGCUCCGGCUCCGGCUACACCGAUCCCUACGGCCAGUCCACAGACCCGAGCUCGAUCAACAGUUCCAUGGACCAGUUGCAGCAGCAGGCUAUGCAGCAACACCGCAUGGACGAGCGUGUAUAUGCCGAUACCAAUGGCUAUGGUUACCAGGGCGGAGGGGGAGGGGGUUAUGGUCAAACGUAUAACGCCAAUGGCAACGCAAACAGCAAGACUCUACCCUCGCCGCCAGUGCCGGCCCAUGAUCCUAGCUACUGGGGCGGUCCCGUCGGCGGAUCGUCUGCUCCACAGGCCCCGCUGCCGAGGAACCAUCUGCGCAAGAACACAAACACGAAUCAAUCGACACCCAACGAGAAACGGAAGAGCUGGUUCAAGCGCAGGUUCAGCAGGGACUAG